ACCGUCAGCCCGGCACGCUCCGAGGGAAACUGACAGCUAUGUCUGCGUCCGUGGCGCGUGACACCGACGUUAAAAAGAAGCACGUCCGUUUCGCCAGCAUGGAGGAAGACGACGAAAACGAUGACCAGGAGGAGGACACCCUGUUUGACAAGAGGAAGGACGCCGGGCGAGAACUGAAGAGUGCGCUGAAGGCGGGCAAGAAGGCGAAGAGACAGGAAUUCGACGGCCGGGUGGAGGUGGCCGGCGGGGGAAGGAUUGGACGAGCAGCGUGCGGCGGCUGGAUGGUGACGCUGGUGCUCUGUGGAUCCUUUCUGGGCUUGGGGAUGAGUAUCUCAGUUCUUGGCCCCACAUUGGAAGACCUGGCUGUGAACGUGAACCAGGACAUCAGCAACAUCUCCUACAUCUUUGUUGGCCGCUCUGGAGGCUACAUCGGCGGAUCCUUUUUAGGAGGCAUUCUCUUUGACUGCAUGAACCCCCAUCUCCUACUAGGUUUGUCCAUGCUGCUCACAGCAUUUGGAAUGUGUGCUAUCCCAUACUGUAGGCAGGCUGUACUCCUCACUGUGUUCAUGUCCAGCAUUGGGAUAUCUAUGGGUGUUCUGGAUACAGGUGGAAACGUGCUCAUCCUGAACACGUGGGGUGAGCAGGCGGGCCCUCACUUGCAAGCGCUGCACUUCAGCUUUGCUGCUGGGGCCUUUGUGUCUCCCAUCAUAGCCAAGCUGGUGUUUGGGACUGACAGGAAAGGCACUGGGGAAAUGGCACCAACGACUGUCACGCCUUCCACAGACCAGGUGACCAGAACCCCCAAAACUCUCGGAGUCCCGAGCAACACCCUCACCUCCACGUGGGCCUACAUCGUGAUCGGCGCUUUUGUCUUUCUCAUGUCCUUCCUCUUCUUCAUCCUCUAUUCUCGGCGCAGCACAUCACAUGACAAAGCCCGCACGGCCUCAGCAAAACCACUGGUGGCUAAAUAUCACACAGCUAUUGUAGCCCUCCUCUUCUUCUUCUUCUUGGCCUACGUAGGUGCUGAAGUAGCAUACGGCUCCUUUAUCUUUACCUUUGCUAAGGACUACGUCCACAUGCCUCAGGCAGAGGCAGCCGGGCUGAACUCAGUGUUCUGGGGGACGUUUGCAGCGUGCCGUGGGUUGGCCAUCUUCUUUGCAGCCUGCGUUUACCCGGGCACCAUGAUCCUGGUCAGCCUGGUGAUCACCACCAUCUCCUCUCUGCUUCUCUGCCUCUUCAGCAAGAAUUUAGUCACCAUAUGGCUCUGCACUGCCAUCUACGGGGCAUCCAUGGCCACCAUAUUUCCAAGUGGCAUCUCCUGGUUGGAGCAGUACACCACAGUGACGGCCCACACGGCAGCAGUUUUUGUGGUGGGAGCAGGGCUGGGUGAGAUGGUGCUGCCAGCACUCGUGGGCUUCCUGUAUGGGAAGUUCCCGGACCACCCGCUGCUCAUGUACCUGUCACUCAUCACCGCCACCUUCACCUCCAUCCUCUUCCCAGUAAUUUACAAGCUGGCCUCGGCGCCCACCAGCCAAAGCAGGAAACCCUGCAGCAGGGGCCACCGAGACACAGAAGACAGCGAAUACCGACAGGCACUGCUGGACUCAGGAGCCAAUGAGGAGGAGGAUGAGGAGCAGCAGGAGAAUGAGGCUGACCAGUGGAACGAUGCAGACUUUGAGGUCAUUGAAAUGGAUGAUACAUCGAAUCUUAUGAAUUCACCCAGCAAGAUGUCUUCUCCUCCCGAUGUCACGUCUCUAACAGGCAGCCCCACAGCCCCCAACACACAGCUGACAGAGCCCGCAGGUGGGGCUGCUUUCUCAGAGACCAUCUCGUUGGUAGGAGACUCACCAAGAGGCACGCUGCUGCUCUCUCUGGACCGAGAGAAGAGAGACUGAGAAUGUCAGCUCAGUGCUGUAGAUCUCGAUGAGAUGUACCUAAACAUGUCUGUCCUCGUUUGUUGUCUAUGACCUGGAAACUCCAAUAUAGUUACUGUUUGCUCUCCAGAGAAGGAAACACAAGGUACCGUCUAAGCCAUGCAGCUUAUAAAGCAUGCACACCCACCAUCAGCUCAGUUCAGUGUAUCUUUAAAAAGUGUUGAACUGCUGCCAUUUUGUUAUAAAUGUUUUAACAUUGUAUUUAUUUUUAUUGUACCCUGAUCCCUUCCACUGUUAGGUGAAAGGUAAGGCUAGGCUGGUGAACAGGAGUCCCAGUGCUAGUGAGAAAUUGGGAUGCACCAAUCCAGUACAUGGAUCCGAUAUCCAUCUUAUCCUGACUCGGCUAAAGGUUACGGCAGGUUGAACGGUUCACGCCACUCAAUCAGCAGAAUUACAAGCAGGAGAGCGCAGCGUGGAGGAAGCUAACAGACCAAACAGCAGCUUACAAGUUUUUAUACUUCUUAUGGUUUGAAUGUUGCCUCAGUCUUAAGGUGGUUGUUGUCGUGCUUCAUUUUAUUUAUCUUUGUCAUUAUUUUAAUAAAUACUAAUUCAGUAAA